AGGAGGAGCUAUAAAAUGCGCUUUUCUGAACUUACUUGCACCGUAGCCACACUUGACAAACGCUAUUGGCAGUUGGAGAUGUCAGGUCGCGGGAAGCAGGGCGGCAAGGCUCGCGCCAAGGCCAAGACGCGCUCGUCGCGGGCCGGGCUCCAGUUCCCGGUGGGCCGCGUCCACCGCCUGCUCCGCAAGGGCAACUACGCGGAGCGGGUCGGGGCGGGCGCGCCGGUGUACCUGGCGGCCGUGCUGGAGUACCUGACGGCCGAGAUCCUGGAGCUGGCGGGCAACGCGGCCCGCGACAACAAGAAGACGCGCAUCAUCCCGCGCCACCUGCAGCUGGCCAUCCGCAACGACGAGGAGCUCAACAAGCUGCUGGGCAAAGUCACCAUCGCGCAGGGCGGCGUCUUGCCCAACAUCCAGGCCGUGCUGCUGCCCAAGAAGACCGAGAGCCACCACAAGGCCAAAUGAGGGGCAAAGUAGGGAAUGUCGCAAAACAAAGGCUCUUUUCAGAGCCAUUUCUAUAGUCCUAAAAAGAUGACACUUGCUUUAUCUGGACUAUAUUGUACCGAUAAGGAUGAUUUGGGGCAGAGGUUCCAGGCCUAGGUCAUCUUUAACCCUUGGUCACGCUUCAGUUAUUGUAGCCAAGGUCCGUCUCCCUUUGCUUUUAGUUUCCUACAAUGGCAGCGUGAUUAUUGGCAGGUGAGCCUACUUGCGAAACAGGGUAAAGACCCUCCGACCUUACCACUUUCCCUGAAAGCCGGAAGUAAUAAGCCCACAUGAAAAAUACCCUUCCUAUACUAAAAGGUAAAAAGACAUCCUUGUCACCAGAGCGAAAUGGUCUCUAAAGGCUAGGGAGUUCUAGAAACAAACCUUGUUAAUUUUUAACCUAAUCUGUCUCAGCUCAAAUUCUGCUUAUAUUUCCUUAUCAGUCAGGGCUUGUAAGUACCUGUUUUCCUUAUUUUGUCAAGUCCUCACAAAUUUGUCUAAGGUACAAAAACUCCCUCAGUCGUUUCUUUGGGGUUGAAAUUUUCAGUGGGCCUAUCCAUGUGAUAAAAUGUGCAUUUCCUCCUGUUAAAUCUGUCUCAUGUCAAUUCCUUAAACCAGGUAGGGUAGAAGAGUAC